AGUGACGCGCUUCCGGCGGCGGCGAGCGCGGCAUGGAGGGGGCAGCGGGGUCGGGUGCGCCUGCACCGGCAUCGUUCCUGGCCUUGGAGCCGCAGCUGCAGCGCGAGUUACAGCAGAAGGUGCAGCGGGCCAGCAAGAACCGGGCAGCCAAGGAGGAGCUGACGCCGGGCGUGGUGUACGUGGGGCACCUCCCGCGGUGGCUCUGCGAGCCGCAGCUCUACCAGUACUUCCAGCAGUUCGGCACCGUGACGCGGCUCCGGCUCUCGAGGAGUAAGAAGACUGGAAAUAGCAAAGGCUAUGGAUUUAUAGAAUUUGAGUCCGAUGAUGUGGCCAAAAUUGUUGCAGACACAAUGAACAAUUACCUGUUUUCUGAAAGAUUGCUAAAGUGUCAGUUCAUAUCUCCUGAAAGGGUCCAUGAAAACCUCUUCAAAAACAGUAACAAAAUAUUUCGGAAGCCUUCUCUGCCAGCAGUCAGGCGGUACAAUAAGAUACGUUCACUGGUUCAGAAGGCACGGAUGACAAAGCGGCUGCUACGGAAGGAGAAACUUUUACGGAAGAGGCUGGCUGAAAAGGGGCUCGAUUAUGACUUCCCAGGAUUUGCUGCACAGGAUCUUUCCAUAAAGAGAAAAAAAGUUAAAACAUCCAAGCAAUCAAAACCAAACGUUUCUUUGAGCAGCCAGGAUCCUACUCCGGUCUGUACUCCAACAGUGCUUGAGCGCCGGAAAGGUUCUCAGAUGGAUGAUGAUGCAGAGGACAAUGAAGUAACUCUCAGACUGCCCCCUACCAGUGUAAAGAAUGCUGUGCAGAGACCAAAGAAGCAGCCAAGAAAAAUCAAACCUGAAAAAACAAAAAUAGACUUAAAAUGUUGGUGGCUGUAGCCAUGUUUUUUCUCAACUCAAAAACUGUUGACGUGGAGCUUCUUCUAGAGGUUCUGCUGCCCUGGCUUGGUUCGUCUUGACUAGACUGUUUCAGUCUUUCCUAGGCACGGUAUCGGUUCACAAAUCGUCCCCCUCCUGUUUAGCCGUGAGGGGACCUACAGUCUUUUUUGCCUUUGAAGAUUUUCUUGACUUUGUGCUCACAAGUGCCCAUGCUAUGACACACCUACAGUCAUGCCAGAACCUUCAGUUAAUUCUGUAACUUGUCUCUAGUCCUUGCUGUUUUGAAAGAAAAUGGGAGAGGCUCUUCAUUCAGAGCUUGCUGAUGCGGGCUGUAUCUUACAUUUAUAAUUAAUGAUGGGUGAUAAAAGAAUUAACCAUU